GCGCUCAAAAAAGUUUGUAUAAGUUGUUUGCCAGAAUGUUGCAAUAUCUCCGAAAGUCCAUGAUAUAAAGAGGUCCAGAAAGCCCUGUCUGCUUUACAAGCUCGUUUCGCUCGUGUUAAACAAGGGCACAGCAGUAAGGAUGUUAGAGGUUUCUGUUCUUAUUUUAAUAUGCAUCUUUCUCGUCUUUUUCCUCAUUCGUAUCAAGAGGCCGAAGAAUUUUCCUCCUGGACCUCCUCCUGUUCCUAUAUUUGGAAAUCUGCUUCAGAUCAACAUGGUUGAUCCCUUGAAAGAGUUUGAAAGGCUUGCAGAAAAAUAUGGCAACAUUUUCAGCCUGUACACUGGAUCAAAGCCAGCAGUUUUUCUAAAUAAUUUUGAGGUUAUUAAGGAAGCUCUGGUUACCAAAGCUCAAGACUUCUCAGGACGACCUCAAGACUUAAUGAUCAGUCAUCUUACUGGGAAUAAAGGUGUUGUGUUGGCUGACUAUGGACCCCUUUGGAAGGACCAUCGGCGUUUUGCUCUCAUGACCCUGAGAAAUUUUGGUCUGGGGAAGCAGUCCAUGGAGGAGAGAAUUCUGGGGGAAAUUUCACACAUUGUUGAUUUCCUUGACAAGAACACGGGGAAAACAGUCGAUCCUCAGAUUAUGUUUCAUAAUAUUGCAUCAAAUGUUAUAAACCUGGUUCUGUUCGGAUGCCGUUUUGAUUACAACAACGAAUUCCUUCGGGGCUACAUUCAGCGCAUUGCUGAGAAUUUAAGGAUCCUUAAUGGACCCUGGAACAUGAUAUACGACACAUUUCCUUUAUUGAGAAUCCUGCCCCUGCCUUUUAAAAAAGCAUUUGAUAAUGUAAAAAUAAUAAAAAGUAUGAAUCGAAAGUUGAUUGAUGAACACAAGAGCACAAGAGUCCCAGGACAGCCGAGAGACUUCAUUGACUGCUAUCUGGAUGAGCUCGAUAAGGUAAAAAAUUGUGUUUCCACUUUUUCUGAAGACCAGCUCAUCAUGAACAUUAUGGAUAUGAGCUUUGCAGGGACUGACACCACUUCUAACACCCUCCUUGCUGCUUUCCUCUACCUCAUGAACCACCCAGAAGUGCAAGUAAAAUGCCAGCAAGAGAUUGAUGAUGUUCUGGAGGGUAAAGAUCAGGUGACAUAUGAAGACAGACAUAAUAUGCCGUACACACUGGCUGUGAUUCAUGAGGUUCAGCGUGUCGCUAACAUUGUACCACUAAGUGUGUUGCAUUGCACCACAAGAGACACAGAGCUAAUGGGCUACAGCAUCCCAAAGGGAACUGUAAUCAUUCCUAAUCUCACUGUUGUCCUAAAAGAAGAGGGUCAGUGGAAGUUUCCUCAUGAGUUUAACCCAGCAAACUUCUUGAAUGAGCAGGGCCAGUUUGAGAAGCCUGAGGCCUUCAUACCCUUCUCCACAGGUCCUCGUGUGUGUCUGGGUGAAGGUCUGGCCCGUAUGGAGCUCUUCUUGAUUUUUGUCACUCUGUUGCGGCGUUUUCAGUUUGUUUGGCCCGAAGAUGCAGGGAAACCAGAUUACACCCCUGUAUUUGGGCUCACCAUGACACCCAAACCCUACAGAAUGCACAUCAGGCGGAGAGACACAGUUAAACAGUGAAUCUUAAUGCUGUAUAUAAAGUUCCAGAAAAUAAAUAACAGUCAGGUUCUGGAGGUAAAAAUGCAUUUACAUUUCUUCAGACGCUGUUUCUAACAAGAACAUAUCAAUCAUUCAAUGUUUAUAUAUCAUGAAUCUUUUAAAUGUACUUUUGAUAUUCUGUCUUUUCUACAAACACAAUAAAGGUCUAAUCAAUUCUCUUUGAU